AUGCUCUCCCCAAAGCACCGGAAAGCAUUCAUCACGCCCAGAUGUCCCGUCACCAACAGGGCACUAACUGCGCCGGCUAAGCUGAAGUCACCCAGCUCUUGGCUACGAGUUGCAUUGCCCCGCGACAGAGCGGCCGGGCCGGGCCGGAGGAGGGCCGCACUUCUCCCUCUCCUACCUCUAACGGUGCGCUCUCGGCUCGGAGGUAAACUAGAAAACACGCUUGCCUCUCCGCUCACUCGGGCUUUGUUUACGUGCUUAAAACGCCACCGUGAGGCCGGCGCGUAUAAAGCAGCGAGAGCCGCCGCCUGCCAAGGAGCUCUCGGAUUAGCACUUCGCAAAGCAAAACAAACAGCGGUAGCGGCAGCGCGAAAGUCAUCGAAGAAUCCGCUGCCGGCGGGCGCGGGGCCGGGAAAUUCCGCCGUGGGAGCGCCGGCCGGCCCGCACGCACACGGACACGCGGGUGAGGGAAAGAAGGGCGGAAUCGAAGGCUUGGAAAUGGAAAACACAAAGCGAAGAAAAAAGCCAGGGGUAUUCCCUGCCCGCCUGCCUAUUGGCGGAGAGGAGCGCCCGAUCCCGCAGCCCGGCCGGAGUAAAAAGCGAGCGAAAGCAGAAGUAGAAAUGACGCGGGCGGUGGGAGUCGGGCUGCGGGAGCCCGGAGGAGGGGAGGCAGAAGGAGCUCGGAGCCCACAGAUCGCUCCGCGGGGCGCUCAAAGGGAGGCACGAACGUGA